UUACGUCCUGCCAAUUACGAGUAUUUGUUCUUCAAACUUCACAUUCCUUCCUCUUUUAGCUUCCUCUCGUCCUGAAUUUUAUAGGAACAGCAUUAUUUGUUUACCAGGAAUCUCACUUCAUAUCCAUUCCUUCGUUUCACUCCAAGCAGACCGUUAUGGAUCGUCAGCUUAGAUGCUUGCCUGUCUACUCUAUAAAGAGAUUCGGGUUGGAGAAUGAGAGCGAGGGUGCUCUUUCAACGGACUCUAGUCGCGUUAUCGAUUACAUUAACCAGAUGCUACUCAGGGAUGAAGUUGAUGAGAAUAGUGAUGCCUUAUUCUGUGAUCCUACUGCACUGACUGCUGCUGAGAAUUACUUCAAUGAAGCAUUGGGUGAGAAUUCAUCCUCUCAUAGCAAUGUCACAAGCCCAAAAGAUAUCUUAGCUGUGACCUCCAGUUCUGAUGUUGAACCUGUCACAAACGAUUUUUUGUAUGGCUUUGGAAGUGCUCAUUCAGCUCCAAAUAUAUCUUUUGAUGAUAAAAUUGCAUCCAUUUUGCAAUCACCGAGAGGUGUGGAGGAAGCUAAAAAGUUCUUUCCUACCAUUAAUCGGAUGGUCAUCAAUUUCGACGAUAAAUACUCUUUCUUUCUUUUUUUAACCCGGAAAGGUAAACCACCAAAAUCGGUGGGACAAAUGCCGGGUAACAUUUGCCGUCUUUUAUUAAUUUAAAAAAGGAGUACAAAAAAGAGAGGGGACUAGACCAAAACCUCUCCCAGAAGGCAUACCUUCCCAAAAUUACAUCUGAGAAAAUGACAAAAACAAGAGCACAAUGGGGGGCUAGACCUGAUCCAUUGGAUACAGAAAUAAACAGAAAAAAAAAUAAACGAUUUAUUGGGAGGACUAUACCUUACCCAAUAAAAGUACAACAAAUUAAUAAUAUCUAAAAUGACUAAGUCCAAGUUUAUCAGCCAGAAUAGAUCUACGAGCAUGAACAGGUAUAUCCAAUGCAUUAAAAGACUGAGGUUUUGAGCCGAGGCAGUAAGCAUUACCGUCCAAGUGAAAGCAGGCUAGAUGAAGAAGAAGAAGAGGAGGAUGAAAGGAAAAGGAAGCAGAGUGCAACUUAUACAGAGGAGGUAGAACUUUCACAGGUGUUUGAUAAGGUUUUGCUACUUUAUGCUGAUGAUGAUAGUGAUGGUUCUUCAUCUGCAACCAGCAAACAACAACAGAAAGGGAGAAAAGGUAGCAAAAGGCAUUCAAAUAAGAAAGGCUGUGAAGCUAUUGAUGUUGAUCUCCAGACUCUUUUGAUCAGCUGCGCAAAAUCUGUUGAUGCUUUGGAUUACAGUGCAGCUGUAGAAAAGUUAAAGAAGAUUAGGCAGAACUCUUCGCCUGUCCGGGACGAAAACCAAAGGGUGGCACAUACAUUUGCUGACGCUCUUGAGGCACGGCUGGCUGGAAACGGGGCGCAACUUUCUUCAUCAUAUCACAGCACGAUCAAAGUCCUCGAAUGACUGAAAUCCUACUUCUCAUCAUGUCUUCCAUUUCUGAGGAUAUUUAUCUUCUUUGCAAAUGAAAUGAUUUAUGAAGUAGCUUCAAGGGGCGCGUCACUGCAUAUCAUCGAUUUCGGCAUUCUUCAUGGCAUCCAGUGGCCCACUCUUAUUCGGAAUCUUUCACGAAGACCGGAUGGUCCUCCGAAACUUCGAAUCACCGGGAUUGAGCUUCCCCAACCCGGUUUUCGUCCAUCACAAAUGGUAGUGGAGACUUGGUGUCGCUUGGCUAAAUAUUGUGAGCGUUUCGGCGUACCAUUCGAAUACAAUGCCCUCACAGCAAAGAAUUGGGAGGCAAUUAAGGUUGAUGACUUGAAACUCGUGAUGGGUGAGGUUGUAGCAGUAAACUGUAACGAUCGACUCAAACGUCAAACGACUACUAGACGAAACAAUAUGCGGUGCAGACUGCCCCCGGGAUGCAGUUUUGAACUUAAUCCGAGAAGUAAACCCUCAUAUUUUUGUGCAUGCUAUGCUUAGUGCAUCUCACAACUCCCCUUUCUUUCUCAAUCGGUUCCGCGCGGCUCUCGCAUUCUACUCUAACAUAUUUAAUAUCUCUGAAACAAUUUUCCCAGGUCAUGAUAUUCAAAGGAUGCAUUUCAAGCAACAUUUUUUGGGGCUGGAAAUAGCUAAUAUUGUAGCAUGCGAGGGAGUGGAAAGGUUAGAGAGACCUGAAACAUACAAGAAGUGGCAAUCUCGCACUAUGAGGGUUGGGUUCAAGCCUCUGCCUGUGAGCCCCGAAAUUCUGAAGAAGUUAUGUAAGAUGAGUGAAGCAUAUCACAAACUCACAAAGACUUUAUGCUUCACCAAGAUGGCCAUUGGAUACUUCAGGGGUGGAAAGGUCGGAUUGUUUCGACUAGCGCUGCAUGGGUAACUCAAAAGCUAGCGCUAAUUUGUUGAUUUUGUCAUAGACGGUAAGACCGUCUUUGUGAUAUUUUAUAGUGUUUUACGUAUUGAACUUUAAAUUUAAUUAUAUAGUACUUACUAAUAUCUAAUCUAGUUGCAUCAAUGAUAAGUUAUCUUGGGGAAGUGACGAAUACUGAAAAUGAUGGCUGCAUCAAAUCAUCAAUGCAGUUCUCCUUGUGUAGAUGAACAACAUGGUAUUUGGAUGUUCAGUUCUCGGUUCUGAAAUUCCGGCCUUCAUAUUUGUAUUAAUAGUUUGCCGUCUUGAACUUUUUUACAUUUUUUAGCACUGUGUGACCGGACUUUUAUGUACACAUUUUUAUGAACUAUUUACACUUGCCAAACAUUUACACUAGUAUGAGGCAGCC